AAUGGGUUAAUGUUAGAUGCAAAAUGAAAGGUAUUUGUUGUUUAUAUGAUUGAUUUCAGGAUUUCAAUAUAUUGUCAUACUUGGAAUAAUGAGACUAGCGAUCUCUUUGAUUAUGAGAGUAUUGACAAUUAAAAGCAAUAAUUUACAAUCCAACAUUAAGAUUCAUAUAUCAUUAGUAAAAAGGAGACACUAGAAUUAAUGCAUGAAAUACCAUAGGAGAAUAGGUAACAAAAAUCAUUUAUACAUAGUGAAGUUUUACUAUAUAUAACAGCUUAAAAUUCGGUUGUUGCUGGAAUAUAGUAACAAUAAGGAAAUUCGACUGCCUUGACAAAUACUAAAUUUCCAUUCAAACUAAAAAAAAAUUGGUUGACAGUAAGAUCUGUAAACAAAUAUCCGUUAAAUGUAAAUGACAUUUUUAGGCUUGGAAAAAUGACUUUUAGAAUUUCAAGUCUUAGUUUUAAUUCUCAAAAUGAAAAUGAACUUUCUAGUAGGAGUAAGGCAGAUUCUAAUGAAUAAUGCCGAAUAUGUUUAGGAAAUACCUAAAGUUCGAAUCCCUUAUUGAAUCCAUGCAAAUGUAGUGGAUCUCUAAAGUAUAUUCAUUUAGAAUGCAUGAAAAGAUGGUAUACUUGAAUAAGACUUAGGCUCAAAGAACUUACAUCAGCAUCAAGAUCUUCUGAGAAAAGUGAAACAUAUCUUUGGAAUUUAUUAAAAUGUGAAAUCUGUUAAGAGCCAUAUAAGGUAAUAUUUUAGAGUGAUGGAGUAACAUAUCAUAUGCUCGACCUUUUGAAACCUAAAUUUCCAUAUGUGAUGUUAGAGUUUUAUUCAAAAAAGAAGGAAACCCAGGUUAAGCAGAUUAAUUUAGGAGAUCGAUUCACUUCGAAAUCUGAUGGAGUGAUUGUUAUUAGCUUAGGAGAAAAGAUGAGCUUAGGAAGAGCCAAAGAAAAUUGGGUUAAAUUGUGUGAAGCUAGUGUAAGCAGGUUCCAUGCAACUUUAUAAGUAGAGAAGGUGCAAUAAUAAAGUUCUCUAUUUUUGUAUGAUAACAAUUCAAAAUUUGGUACUCUAGUCUAAAUAAAAGAAGAUUUGUAAAUUUAUUAAGAACUCGAAAUAUAAGUUGGCAAAUCUCUAUUUAAAUUGUAAACAACCAAUAUGGCUUGUUGA